GGAGAAUCCCAGCCCGCGCCUGCUCCUGUCCGACGCCGCUCCUCCGCCAACUACAGAGCCUAUGCCACGGAGCCGCACGCCAAGAAAAAGUCUAAGAUCUCCGCCUCCAGAAAACUUCAGUUGAAGACUCUGAUGCUGCAGAUUGCGAAACAGGAGCUGGAGCGUGAGGCGGAGGAACGACAUGGAGAGAAGAGGCGCGUCCUGAGCACUCGCUGUCAGCCUCUGGAGUUGGAUGGGCUGGGCUUUGAAGAGCUUCAGGACUUAUGCCGGCAGCUUCACGCUCGCGUGGACAAGGUGGAUGAGGAGAGAUAUGACGUGGAAGCGAAGGUCACCAAGAACAUCACCGAGAUUGCAGAUCUGACCCAGAAGAUCUAUGACCUGCGUGGCAAGUUUAAGCGACCUACCCUACGAAGAGUGAGGAUCUCUGCAGAUGCCAUGAUGCAGGCGCUGCUGGGGACCCGGGCCAAGGAAUCCUUGGACCUGAGAGCCCACCUCAAGCAGGUGAAGAAGGAGGACAUUGAGAAGGAAAACCGGGAGGUGGGAGACUGGCGCAAGAAUAUCGACGCACUAAGUGGGAUGGAAGGCCGCAAGAAAAAGUUUGAGGGUUGAGGCCAUGGCACGCACGCCGUGCUCUGAAGGACGCCCAUGGUGCCCACGCUGGGCUCUGAAGGACGACGUCCCUGAGGAAUAAACCUCUCUA